AUGGAUGAGCAAGAAACAGACUUAAGAAAAAAUAGAUCGUUGACUGUCAUUGUAUUGGAGGAAACAGCUAAGAAACAUGAUUUCAAGAAGCAUCUAUGUGGAAAACACCGUCAUUUUGUAACCGUCAACAUUAAAACAAAACUAGGGGCGCGUCAGGAGACACGGCUCAAUGGCAUUUUCAGUAAUUUUGAAAGUUCCAAGGCAACAUGGGACGUGGGUGAGUCAUCAUCUCCUACGUCAAGUAGGGGCAGACCAAAUCAAAACCUCGACUUCAAAAAAAGCUUUGAAACAUUACUUGGUGGGAUGAGGUCGCUUGCCUCUUUUACCACAAGACAAGAAAGAAGAGAAAUCAUGGUCGAGAGUUUGAACAUAAACACCGAGCCAAUGAGAUUUGAAUGA